CGACAGCGCCGCGCGACAACUCUAAACCCAUUGUGCCUCGCACGACAGAUCUUACAACGCGUUUCGGCCCAGAAUCGCAACUCAUACCGACUCCGACUUAUCAAUACCGACACAUUCUAUAACAAUGGGCUUCGAGCGUGGUGGCAGAGGCGGCGCCCGUGGCGGUGGUCGUGGUGGAUUCGGUGGUGAUCGUGGUGGCAGAGGCGGCGCCCGUGGCGGUAGCCGUGGUGGCUUCGGUGGUGGCCGUGGUGGUGGUGCUCCCCGUGGUCGUGGCGGUCCUCGCGGUGGUGGCCGUGGCGGUGCUGGCCGUGGUGGUGCCCGCGGUGGCGCCAAGGGUGGUGCCGCUGGCAAGAAGGUCAUCGUCGAGCCUCACCGUCACAAGGGCGUCUUCGUCGCUCGUGGUGGUAAGGAGGAUCUCCUCGCUACUGUCAACCUUGUCCCUGGCGAAUCCGUCUAUGGCGAGAAGAGAAUCUCUGUCGAGAACGCCUCUAAGGAGGAGGGUGGUGCUUCCACCAAGACUGAGUACCGCAUUUGGAACCCUUUCCGUUCGAAGCUUGCUGCCGGUAUCCUCGGUGGUCUUGAAACCAUCUAUAUGAAGCCUGGUUCCAAGGUCCUCUACCUCGGUGCCGCCUCCGGUACCUCGGUCUCUCACGUUGCCGAUAUUGUCGGUCCUACUGGUUCCGUCUACGCCGUCGAGUUCUCCCACCGUUCCGGCCGUGAUCUCAUCAACAUGGCUACUCGCCGCACCAACGUCAUCCCCAUCGUUGAGGAUGCCCGUAAGCCCAUGGCUUACCGCAUGCUGCUCCCCAUGGUCGAUGUCAUCUUCGCCGAUGUUGCCCAGCCCGAUCAGGCCAGAAUUGUCGGUAUCAACGCCAAGCUCUUCUUGAAGCAGGGUGGUGGUCUUCUCAUCUCUAUCAAGGCUUCUUGCAUUGACUCCACUGCUCCUCCCGAGCAGGUCUUCGCUUCUGAGGUCCAGAAGCUCCGUGAGGACAAGUUCUUCCCCAAGGAGCAGUUGACUCUUGAGCCUUACGAGCGUGACCACGCUAUGGUUUCUUGCGUCUACCAGCAGAAGGAGUUCGUCGAUAACUGAGUUUCGAAUUAGUACUGUUCUAUCUUCGUUGCUCUGUUCUGGAACCUUCACAUAAUUCGGUGUUCUACUGGCAGGAUGGUUUUGUAAAUCUGGAACGGCGAAUGGCGUUUGGGUAUCUGCCUUGUAUUAGCAUUGUGGGAAUAAAGCACCAGGGUUCUUAGACUGAUAUCCGGAGUGACCCCGGUUGCUUUC